AUGGGCGCGGAGAGGCCGCGUGAGUCUCAGCCAAAAUUUGGCGGACGCGUGGAGGAUGCCCUGGGGCAGCUGGAGGUGUCGCAGCUGCAGGCCUUUUUGGUGCAGCUUCGGACUGCCAGGACUCCGAUCCACCUCUUCCACCUGGUCCGCGCGAUGUCCCGCUGCUCCCGCAGCAGCGCCUGGCAGAGUGCCCUGAGCAUCUUCCGGCUGUGCGCGCGGAAGCAGCAGGGCCUCGUGGGCUUCAACGCAGCGCUGGCGGCCUGUGGCAAGGGCGGGCAGUGGCAACAAGCCGCGCGGCUCCUUGAGGCCAUGGGCCGAGCCCAGCUCCGCCCCAGCGUCGUCAGCUUCGGCGCGGCCAUCGACGCCUGCGCCAAGGCCGCGCCGGCUUGGCCCAAGGCCCUGCACUUGCUGCGGGAGAUGCGACGCCAAUCGCUGCCUUGGAACACAAUCACCUGCAACGCUGCUAUGAGCAGCUGCGCCGUAGCCGGGCAGUGGCUGAGAGCGCUGCAGCUCUUUGCACACCUGGGAUGCGGAAGGCUAGAGGCGGGUCGCGUCACUCGAGUGGUUUCAGCUUGGGCUUGGCCCAUGGAGAGCAAUAUGCUGCGGGAGUUCGCUCUACGGAACUUCGACUGCGAAACCUUCCAGAGCGUGGACUUGCCCUUCCAGGGGCUGACCUGUAGCGAGGUAUUGGUUCGGUUGCACAUGGUGCUCUCCGUGGCCCUGCGCCUCUUCGCCGCCAGCGACGACUUCGACGCCGUGGGCUGCGGGGCCGCCAUCAGCGCCUGCGAGAAGGGCGCCGCGUGGCGCCAGGCGCGGAGGUCGGAGCCGCGGGCCACGCAGACGACCUUCUUCGAGUUCUGGGAUCCAGAGAACACCACGGUGGUCUUCGCCAUCCGGGGCACCAACUCCAUGCUGGACGUGCUGGCAUCCCUGCCAUGGAUUGAGGUGUGCUUUCUGCCAUCUGGUUUGUAG